AUGGAUGACCCGGUUCCAAGAGUGGAUUUGGACUCGCUCGUUCGGCAGCUGCGCUCUGUCCUCGACGACCCGGACGCUGUACUAGCAGGAGCAGACGAAGCACAGCGGCUCGAGGUCAAGCAACUGUCUCGCGCUGUUUCCGUAGCGUUGGAACAGCCGUUUGAGACAGUCCAGCGACUGGCAUAUUCGCCGCUGCCCCUAAUCACCACAAGAAUUGCUCAUGAGCACAAGAUCUUUGCCACGCUUGCCGCCUCGGGGAAACAACCCAUAAGUCUCAGUGCACUUCAAGAUGCCACGGCCCUUGAGAUUGGCGUGCUCGAGUCAAUUCUGGACUACCUGUGCACCCAGGACAUGGUCCGCGAGGCCGACGUGCGCAAAUACGCUGCGACAAAGUUGACGAACCUCAUGCUGGUGCCGCUGUUCCAAGAUGCUGUUACUCACUUCCAUGACAACUGCCUUCCGGGAUUUGCCGCCCUCAAUACAGUGCUGAGCCAUCCAGACCAGGCUCUCAAUGCAUUCAAGACAGGCCAACACUCGGAUGUGGACUUUUACACGUGGAUGGAGUCGCAUCCGGUCCAGCAGGGCGCUUUUCACCGCUUCAUGGAAGCACAGUUUGCGAGCCUCCCGACGUGGCUCGACGCGGUCGAUUUCGCCGCUGAGAUGGGGCAGGGGCUCAGCGAUGAAGAUGUCGCGUUUGUCGAUGUCGGCGGCGGCAACGGACAGCAGUGUGCGCUCUUAAGAAAGAAGGUGCCGGGCCUCGUGGGUCGCAUCGUCCUUCAAGACCGUCCGCCGGUGUUGGAAAGGGCUUUGUCUGUGGAGGGCAUGGAGAAGAUGAGCUAUGACUAUCUGACUGAGCAGCCAGUCAAAGGCGCCCGCGUGUAUUACUUCAGGCAAAUCAUGCACAACAACGACGAUGAGACAUGCAUCCGCAUCCUACAGGCACAGCUCCCGGCCAUGGGCCCCGACAGCGUAAUAGUCAUCGAUGACAAGUCGCUGCCGGACGAGAAGCCGCCGCAGGGUGCGCCAGGCAUUGAGUACACAGCUGGCCUGAGCAUCGCCAUGAAGGUCAUGUUUGACGCGCAGGAGCGGCGCGCGUCGCAUUGGGGGGAGCUGCUAGAUAAGGCAGGUCUGGUGAUUCAGGACACGCGCAAGUUCACUCGCUUCGACGACUCGGCUAUCAUAGCCGUGAAAAAGUGAAACCUAGAACCGCACUCAGUACACAUUGGGCGGAGCCGGGCUGCGCGUUGUAUGUGGGCAUUGAUGCUAACCAUGAAAACUGUCUAUUUGCCACAUGUUUAUGUAGAUAUGACUAUUCAUAACUACAUCCGCCUACGCCCCGUGAACACGCCGCAACUCCGCACAGACGUCGUUGAUGUACAUCUUGGCCUUGUUAAUCGUCGCCAUGUGCAUAAACGGG